CACUUAUUUGAUCCGGGAACAGUUGUAUAAGAUAUUAUUUUAAUAGAUUUGUAUAAUAUUUUAAGGUUGAAGGAGCAUUUGUACAGACGCUGUCGCUCUGGUUAAUGGAAGACACUGUUUACAAUCAUCACAACGGAGAGAUCUACACGGACAGAACGUGGAAUUAUUAUAUCAUGGGCGCUAAAGAUAUUCCCAACGAUUUCCGCGUGUAUCUGGCUCGGAAUAGGCCUAACCCCGUCGGUAUAUUGGGAUCAAAAGCGACCGGAGAGCCUCCGCUCUGCCUGAGUCACUGCGUGGUGGACGCUCUGCGAGUAGCGAUAGACGCGUCGCGGCAGGACAGCGGGUACGACACGGAACAUUUUCUCAAUAUUGAUGUUCCGGUUACUAAUGAGAGCGUCGUCGAUGCUGCAGAUGUCAAAAUUAGCGAGUUUCUGCUAUAUGAGCCUUAG